AUGUUUGCCUUACAAAAUCUUUUUUUAAGAAAUAGUGAAUUAUUUCUAAAAGUAAGAUUAUUCAUUUAUUGUUUGACAUUUGCUCAUCUUAAUGUAAUGGCAGUGAUCUUAUUGAAUAAAGACUUGACAUCGUCUGAGGACCCAAAUCUUAUAAUUUACAUGAAGCUUAAAUGGAAAUUAAUCACGACUUGGUUUAAUAUUCUAACAAUACCAUACAUCUUUUUAUGCAUUUACUGCGACUGGCGGGAACUCACAAAAGCAAAUGUUCCGCAUGUAAAGGCGUUAAAGAAUAUUAGAGAUUUUUAUUUCACCAAUCUGAUCCUUCCAGCUACGUUGUUUCCAGACAUCUUAUUCUGGAUCAUAUGGAAUACAAACAGAGAGCUAUUGAUGCCACUUUCUGUUGACAAGUACGUGUCGUUGUGGGAGCAACAUAGCAUGCAUACAGCCUCGCUUGUGUUUGUAAUAUUGGACCUAGUAUUGGUUCCUCGACGAAAACCUAACAAUCAUAAAUGGGGCAUUAUCAUCCUCUCUACAUACAUCGGCACCUAUAUUUUAGUGUGUCUUCAAAGCCUUUUUCAAAGAGAAUACGUGUAUCCAGGUCUCAAGAUACUUUCAACGUUUCAACUUAUUCUUUUUGGUGCAUAUUGUAUCUUGGGCCACUUUUUCUUCUACAUUGGCCAAUGGUUUGUUAUUGAUUUACUUUGGAAUCAAAAAAGUAAUGUCAAGGCGACUGAUUGA